GGGAGGCGGCGUUGGGAAGGAGCGCAGCCUCUGUGGGCGGCGGGGCGCGGAGAGGCUCUGCGGGCUUGCGGUGCCCUGGCUGGUAUUUAAGGAAACAACAGCAAACUUGGCAGCCAGGCUUUGAGCAAGCGGGGACGGCCCCCGUCGCAUUAAGGCAUUUCAGCAGUUGGUUAUGUAAAACUUGCCGAUACCAUCGUGCGCCCUUAGAACGGCGCCGUUUAUUCAUCGCUUGGCUCCUUCACCGAAGGAGGUCUAAGGUAGGGAAAAAUAAGAAACAAAAUGAAGCCUUUCCAAAAGGUGUGUCUUUUCAAGAGCCUGCUUGCCAAUUGCUGCUGUCACAGCCAACUUGACAGCUGUCUUCUCUCUCCUGUGGCAAAGAAGAUAGGCUGCAUGGCAGGACUGCACAGCCAUGGAUUUUGGAGGCCUAAGCCUUUAUUGGACACAGCUAGAUUCACUCAGUCUUUUAACAGUCGGCACAGGAAAAACCAUCAGGAUUCUCAGGCUUUGUGGAAGCAUGAGGCUGUGCAGAAGUAUCUGGAGACUCUAAGCAAGGAGUACCAGCAGGUUAGUCAUCAGUUAAGCACAGACUCAUUAAAUGACUUUGAGCAAAGAGCCCUGAGGAGAAGAUGUGCUGAUCUGUCCCCCAUUGCAGCUGCGUUUCAAGAAAUCAAAGAGGCUGAAAGAGAAGUUCAGGAGUUAGAAGCGAUGUGCACAGAGCUAGACAGCAGAGAUGAGAAACAGCUUCUAGAACUUGCCUUAGAAGAGAAGAAAGGCCUGGAUAAAAAAAUGAACAUGUUGUGCAGAAAGCUUUUCCAGCUUCUAGUGCCAAAGGAAAAAUAUGAUAGAAGUCCUGUCAUAUUAGAAGUGACAGCUGGCAGAACAACUGGAGGGGACAUCUGCCAACAGUUCACUAAAGAGAUGUUUGAGAUGUACCAGAACUACGCCGACUACAAGCGUUGGACGUUUGACAUCGUGAACUAUACGCCGGCUGAGAUCGGAGGCUUGCAUCAUGCUGCUGCUCAUAUUUCAGGAGAGAAUGUCUACAGGCAUCUGAAGUAUGAAGGAGGGACUCACCGAGUCCAGCGAAUCCCUGAGACAGGCAUGUCGGCAAGAAUGCAGCGUAUUCACACUGGGACAAUGUCAGUCAUUGUCCUCCCUCAGCCAGAGGAGGUUGAUAUUAAAGUGGAUCCCAAAGAUUUGCGUAUAGACACAUUCAGAGCCAAAGGAGCAGGAGGGCAACAUGUUAACAAAACUGAUAGUGCUGUGAGGAUUGUGCACCUUCCCACGGGACUGGCAGUUGAGUGCCAGCAGGAGCGGUCACAGCUGAUGAACAAGGAAACAGCUCUGCGGACACUGAGAGCCAAGCUGUACCAGCAGCUCAUUGAAAAGCAGCUCAGUCAGGAGCAGAGCGCCAGGAAACUGCAGUUGGGAACAAGAGCCCAGUCAGAGAGAAUUCGUACUUACAACUUCACCCAGGACAGAGUCACUGACCACAGGAUCUCCUAUGAUGCACGCAAUAUCAAGGAAAUUCUAAGUGGGAAAGAAGCACUGGAUAAGCUAAUCAACAGACUACUGGAGUUUGCAGAGAUAGAGGCUGUCACCCAAUAUCUAGAAAAUUUGCAGGCUUUAGAAGGAGGAGGCUGA